AGCCAUGGCAAGCCACCAGACAUGCUCAACGCAGCAGUCCUGGAAGCGAGGUAAUUACCAGACGGUCGUCAUCUUAGUCUUGGUGUGCUUGGGGCAGGGAGUCGACUCAGUGGUCGUAGGCACAGCGAUGGUGGACUCGGUGGUCUUGGUGCAAGGCUUCGUGGGCUUGGCGGUGGUCGUGGACUCAGCAGCAGUGGUCGUGGACUCAGCAGUGGUCGUGGACUCAGCAGUGGUCGUGGACUCGGUGGUCUUGGUGUGCUUGCCAUGCUUGUGGGGGUGAGUCGACUCAGUGGUGGAAGACUCAGUGGUGGAAGACUCGGUGCUCUUGGUGCAAGGCUUGGUGGGCUUGGUAGGCUUGGCGGUCGUAGUCUCGGUGGUCUCAGACUCAGUGGUGGAAGACUCAGUGCUCUUGGUGCAUGGCUUCGUGGGCUUGGCGGUCGUGGACUCGGUGGUAGAAGCCUCGGUGGUCUUUGUGCAAGGCUUCGUGGGCUUGGUGGUCGUGGCCUCAGUGGUAGAAGCCUCAGUGGUCUCAGACUCAGUGGUGGAGGACUCAGUAGUCUUGGUGCAAGGCUUGGUGGGCUUCGCGGUCGUCGACUCAGUGGUCUCAGACUCAGUGGAAGACUCAGUGGAAGACUCAGUGGAAGACUCAGUGGAAGACUCAGUGGUCUUGGUGCAAGGCUUCGUGGGCUUGGUGGUCGUGGCCUCAGUGGUAGAAGCCUCGGUGGUCUUUGUGCAAGGCUUCGUGGGCUUGGUGGUCGUGGCCUCGGUGGUAGAAGCCUCAGUGGUAGAAGCCUCAGUGGUGGAGGCCUCGGUAGUCUUUGUGCAAGGCUUCGUGGGCUUAACCGUGGUCGUAACCUCCGUGGUGCUCUGAGUCUUGGUCGGCUUCAGCCACUUGUGGAUCGCAUCAGGGAACUUGUCAGUGACUUGUCCAAUGAUGUUGUACUUGGCCGAGUCCAUCUUAGCCCAGGCUGGCUGCAUGUUGCGCUUCUCGUUGUUGGGCUGGUUCAUGGGACCGGCCAUGGCCAGGCCAGCAAUGCCGGUGAAGAUGAGUGAGUAACGCAUUUUUACAAGCGGUGAAAAAGAGAGUACAGUUAUCAAGCGAAUGAAGUGUGAGUGAGUCUGGUGAUUUGGGAAGGAACAGUGGCAGCAUGGACGUGAACUUUCGGUCCCUUAAGUACUCGGAUUGAAGUUGACCAUGAGGCAUUUGUGCAGGCGCCAGGAGCUUG